UCAGGAAGAUGGAUAAAGGAAGUUAAAUGACUUGCCAUGACUUAGCCGUCUUACAAAUACAUGCAGGUUAUUAUUCUCUCUCUCUCUCUCUCUCUGUGUGUGGUGGGUCGUGUAAAUUAUCAUUAUGAUGGGGUUUGAAGUCUUUGUUUUUUCGCAGCAAAUUGUGUAACGUUCAGAAUUAUGUAUGUGCCCAUACAAUUACAAAAUUGUUAUUAAUUUCAAGUUUGUAGUCUACCCAACCCCAUAGUUUCAAUUGCCUUUUCAAAAUUGCAAAAUAUGUCUAUAUAAAUAUGAUGGCAAUUCCGUCUUAUUUCGAAUGUUGUUAAUUAUUUUAUUCAUAAUCAUUCAAUAAUAACUUCAAAGGUCUGCUAAUCAAUUCAUGCAAUCUAGAAACCCAUAAAAAGUAUUAUUAAAUAAAAUUUCUCCAAAACCAAAAAGUAUCCCAACUCCUCCUCCUCAAAGUCAUACUCCAAUUAAAACAAGAUCAACUAUGACUGCUACUACUGUUUUUGUAUCUGGUGCUACCGGAUACAUUGCCCAAACUACCGUUGUUCAAUUACUUGAAAAGGGUUAUAAAGUCGUUGGUUCUGUUAGAUCCACUGAAAAGGGUGAACAAUUAGCCAAAAAUCUUAAUAACAAGAACUUCUCUUAUGAAAUUGUUAAAGUUCUUGAAGUUGAAGGUGCUUUUGAUCAAGCUUUAAAGAAUCAUCCUGAAACUACUGUCUUCUUACAUACUGCUUCUCCAUUUACUUUCGAUGUGAAAGAUCCUGAAAAGGAACUUUUAAUCCCUGCUAUUGAUGGUACAAAAAAUGUUUUAGCUUCUAUUAAGAAGGUUGCUCCUCAAAUUAAGAAAGUUAUUUUAACCAGUUCUAUCUUUGGUGCUGCUCAUUUCCCUCAAAUCUCUGAUCCAAACUUCGAUGGUGGUGAAAAUACUUGGAAUCCAAUUACUUAUGAAGAAUCAAAACAAAAUGCUUUUAAUGCUUAUUCUGGUUCUAAAUAUUUUGCUGAAAAGGCUGCUUGGGAUUUCGUUGAGAAGGAAAAACCAAACUUCACUCUUGCUGCCAUCUUACCUGUUUACGUUUUUGGUCCUCAAGCUUUUGAAUCUGGUCUUGAGAGUUUAAAUACUAGUGCUCAAAUUCCAGCUCAAGUUUUAUCUUUAACUCCAGAAAGUGCUCUUCCAGAUUCUGCCGGUGCUUAUAUUGAUGUUAGAGAUGUUGCUAAAGCUCAUAUCCUUGCUUUUGAAAAAGAAGAAGCUGCUGGUAAGAGAUUCCUCUUAGCUGCUAAGAGAUUCGAUUUCCAAUUAAUCCUUGAUGUCGUUAGAGAAAAUUUCCCUGACUUAGCUGAUAAACUCCCAGUUGGUACUCCAGGUUCAACUGAUUUCUCAGCUUGGAAAAAUCUUAAUGCUAACAACACUUACAAUAUCUUAAACUUUGAAUUCGUUCCUUAUGAUAAGACUAUUGUUGAUUCAAUUAAACAACUUAAAGAAUACAAUGCUAAGAAAUAAGUAUCUGUAUCUCUUGCUUGAAUUUUUAUAUAGGUUUGUUUUUUAUAGCUUUAGUUGCGAAAUGCUUCUUUAAAUAUUUUGAUUAACUUCAAAUAUAUACUUUGUUUCCUAAUUUUCUACUUUGACUAUUUGUAAAAGACAAACUCCCCUCGAAAUCAUUAGUCAAUCAUCAUACCUUCUAGUUUCUCU